AUGCCUGUAAGCUCUGUCCCAGAUCCCACAUUAUUCUCCUGGGACACUGGGCAGAUCUUACUUCAAAAGACAGCUGAAAAAGAAGAUGAACUGAAAAAAGCAUUUCAGAUGCUUGAUGUUGGUCAGACCCUGACAGUCACAAAGGGCGAAUUGAGGAGAGUGAUUGAAACCUUUCUCUUCCAUCUAACAGAAGCUGAAUUUGAUGCUGUGCUGGCAGAGAUCCCAAAUAUUGGCAAAGUUACUGUGCCAUAUCUUGACUUCCUGUCAAAGUUCACUAAAAUUGCCAGAAGUACCAGCAUGCUCAAAAGGUUGAACGGCCGCAGUCGCCAAACAAUGACAUUAAGUCAUCUGGAAUCCCUGCUCAAAGAGAAAGUGUUGGAAGAUCAUGGCAUGCCAAUGAAUGACAGUCAAUUUAAUAUACUAACAGAAAAGGUAGGGUUACCAGAUGGAGGGUUGAGUUAUCUGGAUUUUGUGGCAGUAUUGGAAGAUGCCAGACUGAAUGGCCCAGGAGCUAUUCUAUGUAACAGCCCAAACCACAGAGUAAAUGAUGCUGCUGAAAAAUGUCCUGGUCAACUCAGUGAUAAGCUGAUGGAGGUCUAUGGGGACACCUAUUCUGCCUUCCGAGAAACAGACAGUAAUCAUGAGGGUAUCGUGAACAUGCUUGACUUUCAGCAGUUCUUGGACAGCUUUCUGCUUUGUCUCACAGAUGAGGAAUUCCUGCGCCUACUUGGUUUGUUGGGAAUGAAUCUGACCUCCAUGUUAAAUUACCAAGAAUUCUGUCAACUGUUCCACACCCAAGAAACUAAGGAGGUACCUCCUCAGCUCAUGCCAUCUCACAAAAAAAAACAGAUGAUAACGGAUUCAGAGCUAGCUUGUGAUCACGCUCAUUACUACCUUGUUAUCAAAGCAAGAACCAGAUGGCAUGACCUAGCAGGGAAUUUUCAGGAAUUUGACAGUGAAGGAAACGGCAUUAUACAGCCAAGGGACUUGAAGGAAGUCUUGUUCAGAUUUGGCAUUCCAAUCACCCCAGAAGAAAUUAAGCAGCUUUGGGCAAGGUAUGAUACAGAUGCAAAAGGAUUUUACCAAGAAUUUUUACAGAAACUGGGGAUAGAGUUUGCACCCACUGACACAGGGCUCAGCAGACACAUCACGGAAGACAGCUAUGCACAUUUACAAGCACAUUACAGUCAUCAACAAAAGAAGCCUUCAAAGCUGGAAGAGCAGCAGAAACAGCAAACUAAAGCUCUGCAUGUAAGAGAAAUUAAAAAGCAGAUCAAGGAUAAAUUUAGGGAUUGCUUCCAAGAUUUCAAUAAGGCCUUUCAUAAAGUGGAUAAAAAUAGAGAUGGCUAUGUAACAGUAUGUGACCUGCACAGGAUACUGCAAGAAUUCAACUAUUACCUUGAUCAUGACCAGUUCAGUAGUCUUCUAAACAGCUUAGGAAUCAGCAUUCAUGACAGCAAGCUCUCUUAUUUUGAUUUCCUGAGAGCAAUUGAUGAUGGCAGAGCAUCUAAAUACCAACAGAGACAAAAGCAGGCUGCACCACCUGCAAGCUUUGCAGCGCUCAGCUUAGAACAGACCCUAAUUAAGAUAAAAGAAAUAGUUGCAUCAUCUUAUGAUUUGUUGUACAAGGCAUUUUCUCUAUUUGAUAAAGAAGACACUGGAGUAAUUAAAGCACUGGCAUUUCGGCAAGUACUUGACCAUUUCUGCUUCAAAUUAUCAGACAAGCAGUUCGGGCACCUUCUCAAGCACCUUAACCUUUGUGAGGACUUCACAGUAGGCUGGAAAGUUUUCCUGAAAAACAUAAACGAUCUCACAGAGACUGAGGAAGGGCAAAAAGUCAUUCCGCCAAAGUCUUCUUGGGAGCUGUCAGAGAGAGGCAUCCUCUCACAGAUACAAGAAGUAGUGACUGCUGCUUUUAACACAAUUGCACAAGAGUUUCAAGAUAUUGGCUCUUCAAAAGAUAACACAGAGGAGUCCUGGGAUAUAAUGGAUGUCAGCACUGGUGGACAGUUGAAGUAUCAGGACUUGUUGAAGAACUUCAGCUCAGAACUUGUAACGAUGCCAUCGAGCACUCCCAAUGCAACUUGUUCUGCAGCUUUGACCAAGCCAGCUACCUGCACUGUGCAGAGGCAACUUGUGUCUUCUCAGCCUCAACGUCCCAAGACAUCGUCUUCUCUAGUAGGGCAAAAGAGUAUAACAACAUCCAGUCGUCCUCAGACAACAACUUGUUCUGCACCUACCCUUAACUGCGAAGCAAUAGAAAAUAAGAUAAAAAAGAACAUCCAACAUUCCUGGAGAGACAUACUGAAAGUAUGCCAAGAGAAGGAUGUCGGCAAGCUAGGAGAAAUCCCCGUGUCAGACUUCCCAGAUAUAGCAGAGAAGUUCAAUUUGGAUUUAAGCGAAGGGGAAAUUAACCAAGUAACAACAAAAUACGAUUUAAACAAAAAUGGAAGAUUUGCAUACUAUAACUUUCUUCAAAGUUGUAUCUUGUUAUUAAAACCACAGGAACGCUCACUGCUACAGAGGGUAAUUAUACAGAAGCCACAAAAGCCGAUGAGUCCUGGACCGCAAACCCCGUCAUUCUUCAGCGCAAUGCUGAGAAUUCAGCCCCAGAUCUUGCGCUGCUGGAGACCAAUGAAGCGAACUUUUAAAUCCUGUGAUGAAAGUCAUACCGGACUGUUACCUAUUGCAGAUUUCAGACAAAUUCUUCAUGAGUACAGCAUCAACCUAACUGAAGAGGAGUUAUUUAACAUUUUGGAAUAUUAUGAUAAAACUUUGUCUUCAAAAAUAUCCUACAACGAUUUUCUCCGGGCAUUCAUACAGUAG